GCUUACUCCCAUGAUGCAACAGCAAACAAAGGGGGAGCGGAGGACGGAGCGCAAAAAGUUUUAACCGCCUCGGAUUUUCCCCAGAAAACCAGCCUGAAGCCCCCACGCCCGCCGCUGCUGCCCGGCCGGAGCCCCAGGGAGCGAUUUCAGCAGCGGCUGCUGUAGAGACGCGGCCCGUUACGGCGCUUUGCUUUCAGAAGCGAGCGGUGUUAGCCGUUAGCCGUUAGCCCAGCAGGCUGGAUGUUGCUGCGGUGAAGUCCGUCCAGGUGGUCCGGUCGCCGUCCUGCUCCGCAGCAUGAGGGUCACCAGUUGACAGCGUUAGGAGACCAGAGGCACGGCACUGGAGGCUCGCCGUAUGUGACUAGCUAUGAGCAAGCCUUCUCGUUUGCCUUCCUCUUUCCUGGAACCUUCUGCGUGAGUCAUCCUCUUCCACCACGUCGAAGGGAACGUUCAGGAUGAAGAAAAUUAGUCUCAAGACAAUAAGAAAGUCGUUAAACAUCAAAGGGAAAGACGAGAAAGCUGUGGAGUAUGCCGUGUCCCAGCCGGACCUGUCUGCCGGGUUCCCUGCAGAAGAUUCUCUUUACGGAGGCUGCUAUAGCAAGGAGCGCAUGGGCAGGGACUUGGAAGGCGAAGAGGUGAAAGGAUCCAAAAGCCGCGCCAAAAGCGAGAGCCUGAUGGGAACGCUGAAGAGGAGGCUGUCUGCGAAACAGAAACCAAAGGUCAAAGGGAGUUCGCCGUCCGUUUGCUCCAUAGACGACGACACGUUCUCCUCGUCGUCGGCGCCCGUCGCUUUCGGAGACCUCAAAUCGCAGCAUUCUUCCCGCUCGACGUCUCUUCGAAGCCACCAUUACAGCCCCACGCCGUGGCCCCUCAGACCAACAAACUCGGAGGAAACGUGCAUCAAAGUGGGCGCCAAGGUGAAGGCACUGAUCCACUCCUCGGGGUCCAGCCCAGUGCUCAACGGCAUCCGGAAGGACUUCCUGGAGCUCCAGAGAGAAGGGCUGUUUGAAGAAUCCAGUGGCUCCUUCAAAGAUUCCACGCCACAGAACGGUGAUGUGCAUCUGGAGAUGGAUGAUCACGUGCCUGUAGUCAUUGGUCUCGCAGCUCAGGAUUACAUACAGUACACGAUGCCUUUAGACGACGGACUUUACCCUGAGGAAGGGUCGCGCUCUUUCUGCUUGGAUGGCACUUCACCCAUGGACGUGGUGCCGCAGACGGAAGGAUGUUCUCUUCAGGUGGAUGAGGAACCCAUUGAGCAUGAUCUUCUUUCACCAGAUAUUUUCAUGGAGCCUUCAGUCAACAGGCUUCUUCUGAGCACUGCAAACGCCUUGCUGCAAGGCUCUCGGCUUGAAACCCCUCUUCCCCCAUUGCUACCUCAGGUUCCUCGGGGCCAGCUCCCCAGGAGCCUUUCUGGAUUGGACGAUGCGCAUUCUCAAGUGGCAGAAUCGGUCAUUCACCAUCUUAGCUUUGACCCCAGCUCGGCCCCAGGGGUCCGGCGGGUUUAUGAUGCGGUCCAGAGCAGCGGGCCGAUGGUGGUGACCAGCCUUACGGUGGAGCUCAAGAAAUUGGCCAAGCAGGGAUGGUACUGGGGCCCCAUCACUAGAUGGGAAGCUGAAGAGAAAUUAACCGACCUACCGGACGGUUCCUUCCUGGUCCGAGACAGCUCCGACGACCGGUAUCUCCUCAGCCUGAGCUUUCGCUCGCAGGGCAAGACGCUCCACACGCGGAUAGAGCACUCUAAUGGCAGCUUCAGCUUCUACGAGCAGCCGGACGUUGAAGGCCACACGUCCAUUGUGGAUCUUAUUGAUAAUUCCAUCCGAGAUUCGGAAAAUGGAGCCUUCUGCUACUCCAGGUCGCGCUUACCUGGGUCAGCCACUUACCCUGUCAGACUGACCAAUCCCGUUUCACGGUUUAUGCAAGUGCGAUCGCUCCAGUACUCGUGCCGCUUCGUCAUUCGCCAGUACACGCGGAUAGACUUGAUCCAGAAAUUGCCUUUACCGAACAAAAUGAAAGAUUACCUACAAGAAAAACACUACUGAGCGGAUCGGAAGCCGACCCCUUGUUGAUUCUUGCACUUUUUUUGGGAUGACGACACAACGGAUAAGGUUUUACAGACGUUCGGGGGCUCAUCGGGUGCCAUUAACCUACACGUUUUGCUUUUUUGUCUGAUAUUUGUUCAGCGUUUGUUUAGUAUAGAUAGUUCAGACGUUAUUGAUGAGAACGUGGUUAGAAUGAUCAGAGCGUAUUGCUGAAGUACCUGCAUGCUUGUUUAGAGCUCUGUAGUAUUUUCUUUAACCCCGGUUCUAGUUUCUGGAUCAAAGCAUUUCAUGGAACAAAAUAAUUUUUUUUAACUCUCUGCCACAUUGAGUAACAUUAGCAAAGCAAAAUCCAUUUAUUUAGGGUUUUUGUCAGCAGUGCACGGUGAUAUUUUGCCUUAAUGGUGUCGUUUUUGGGAGAUUCAGUUGGGUGCGGUAUUUUAGGCCAGAUUGAAUGAAGAUUGGCUUAAUUUGUUUUUUUUUGUAGCACUGUUCAAUCAAAUGUAGCAGUGGUGUCGUAUUGCACUAUAGAAAUCUAGGCUAACACAUCGAAUCUAUCUGGUCAUAUUAAGGAGCAGUUUCCACCUCCAUGGAGUUACACUAAUAAGCUAUAUUAGCUGGUGACAUGUUUCAGAGGUGACUCUCUCCACUCUUCUGAACUGCUUUUGUUUUUAUUUAUCAUGUUUAGUUUAAUUCUACAGCACACAUGAAGCCAAGGGCGGAGUGGACUGAACUCCUCUUGUUAUCGAAUCUGCGUAUGAUUUUUUUUUUUUUUUUUUCCAAAUUUUUUUUUUGGUUUUAUUAGAAAACUCUUCAUUUGGAAUGAUUUACAUUGAUUUUGAUUGUUCUCCUAGGUUGCAAGAAGUGAAGGAUGGCAUAAACAAAAUUAACGGUACAUUUUAAAAGUGUGUGUAUAUAUAUAAUUGGCUUAUUGAGCAUAUAGCAAAUGAUUCUCCAUUUCCAAAUAAUUUUCGUACCAUCCCAUUUUCUGUUUCUAUUAAUUAUUACGAAAGUUUUGGCCAUCAGUCAGGAAUAAUAUGCAGGUCUAGAGCGAUUGUUUACAGUGAGGUGUCUUGGUUCUUUGGCACACUUUCUGGUCUGACGUGAUACAACCAGACGUCAUGCACAGCUGUUACAGAAGUGAUUCACUGCAGUUCUUUCCUGAUCUUGUUAUCUUUAAUGGAAGAGACUGCGCUUCACUGCGCUUCGCUCCCCUUUUACUCUGUGGGGAAACCGAUAUUUCGCCAUAACGUCCAGUAGACGUCCGUGCUCUAAUUUGCUUAGUAUCGCUGCUCCGUCCCGGAAGCCGCUUGGUUUCCGCAGGUCCAUGACUAAAUGCAGUGCAGUAAUUGUGGCCUUUUGUGUUUUAGUUGAUUGCGGAGGCCCAGAUUGCGAUAAAUGAUUCAUAUUCCAUGACAUAUGCAGCCUUACAACGAAGACAGUUGGCUUUGAAUAGUUAAAGGACAAAACUGAUUAGAGAAGAGAUCGUAAAAGCACCCACUGCUGUUUUAGUGGGACUGUGAUUGUUUUGGUUUUGGUUUUCUUCCUUUCUCUCUAGUCUUUACACCAGUCACCAGUGCUUGCCUUUUAAAUGACCCAACAUGUGGUGUUUACCCACAAAUGAGAACUAUAGUAAAUCGCUCUUCUUGAAUUUUAUCCCCUCCAGACCACUUAAGAUUUGGGGUGACGUUCGUGGAUCGGCCCCAGUGUGGAUCCUAGAACGGCUCCAGGUGUCCAGGUGUGGAAACGGUCGGCCUGUGCUUGGAGUCUCCAGUCUAUACCUGUACCUGCACCAGCCGUUUUAUCAGAAACAAUCGUUCAGCUACACUUUCUGUUACUGCUAUGGACCACCACACGCUCACCAUUGACCAGGUAUAAUCUGGGUGGUGGACCAUUCUCACCACAGCAGUGACACUGACAUGGUAUUGGUGCUGCUGUGAGUGUACCAGACACAGUAGUGUUGCUGGGGUGUUUGCAUGCUGUGUGCUGGCCACUUUAUCAGAAACCCCUCCAUUGUAGCUCCAUGUUGCUGGUGAACAGUUCAAGGCUGUAGCCUGUCGUGCACAAUUUGUAUUAUCCUUCCUCUCACUUUUAAUCAGUGGUCAGUUUUUUGACCACAGAGCUGCUCUUGGCUGGAUAUUUCUGGGUGAUGGACAACCGUGACACUACUGUGUGAGUGUCCGUGCUGUGCUAAUAAUUUUGAGUUUCUUAAACAUUCUGCCUUAUAAUCCCAUGAUUGAAUUAUUCCGAUUAUAUCACCCAGUAAUACGUGGUCAGUGGUGGUCAUAUGGUGGUCCCUUUUUAUUAUUUGAUGGGUUUGAGGGGUGCAGCAACAGAUGGGCUACAGCCUGAAACUGGAAACCUACAAAAUGUACCUACAGUGGAGGUCAGAGUUUGUCAACUAUUACUAAAAAUGCAUUUUUCCCAAUUAUUUCCUUAAUACAUUUAUCACAAGUUAUAUUGUCUGCAUAAUCAAUUUCAGAAUUUCUUAGCAGAUCAGAUUCACAGUCAUCUGUUGGUGAGCUUCAGAGGAAGAGAUAAGACUAAAAAGAAAGUGACCUUUGUGUACGAAGGCCAUAGUGGUCAGUGUACGAAGGCCAUAGUGGUCAGUGUUCUGCUAUGUUUACACAGCAGAUAAAAGUGGCCCAAAUUCGAUUUUCUCACCAGUUUUUUUUGUUUGGCUGUUCAGAUUAAAUGUGAUCUGUAUGUGACAUCAGUCCGAACAGAUCAGCUCCUAAACCGGCCCACGUGCAAAAGAACAGCGCUUCACGCGGCUCGUCCAGAGGUCAACAAUCAUGACGGCCAGCGAACACCGGUCGCUCCCGGAGGAGAGUUCCGGUGGUUGACAGCUGGGCUCGUCUCCCACAGUGUGUUCGAGUUCGCCAUAAACUGGGCACAAUUAUUCAGCCACUUCUUUGGUUCGUGUCCUCAGAUUCUUUAAACUGUUUUCGACGCUGCAGCCUCGGGCUCCUCCGGACGCAUCUGGCCGUUCCGUUCGAAAUCUCGGAGCAUGGAUCCGUUGCGAUAAAUGUUUCUGAGUCUCAGCAGUGAAAUAUUAUGACACGUCGAGCUGAGUUGACAUAAAGUCGCAUUAAUUCCGAUCUGGCUGUUCAAACGGAGUCACAUUGCCUGCAGAUCGGAUACGUAUCGGAUUUCAGUACCACAUAUGGAAGCGUCUGAAAUCAGAAUUGAAAAUGUCCGAUUCAGUUUGUUUUUUGCUGUUAACACUGUCAAACUGUUUUUUUUGCCGUAAUGUGACUCAAAUCUGGUGUUUUCAGGGCUGACCAACCUGAGCCACUUUCAUGUGUGGUCCUAGAGCCGAUAUGUAUCUGAUUCGUGGCCGUGUGACCGUAAUGUUGCGCUCAGAUCGGAAUUCACAUCCUUUUUUCCCCCCGUUACCAUGGCAACAACCAAGGCUUUUUCUCCUCCGUCUGGCUCUAAUAAUGAAGCUGAGAGCUGAUCAGAGUUAAUGAUCUUCUCAGCGAAGCUCGUUCUGCUCGUUAGUUUGCGCUGAUGAUGCGGUGAUUCAGUCACGUGACGUCACUGAGUAGGAGGAGCUCAUGAGGGUCAGUUCAGGCCGGUUCAUCACAUUAAUGACGAAUUUAAAUCACCUAAACGAGCGCGAAUCAUCAUGUCAGAGAGAUCCUAGACAAAAAAAUCCUAAACUUUGUGGAUCCCACUGCGUGUGGUAGGUUUUUCUGAUAAAACGGCCAGAUGGAGGUACAAAGGAGGUGCACCUAAUGAACUGGAGACUACAUCCUGCAGUAUCGCAUUGGGAGGACGUGAUUCAGUGGCUUUCUCUGAUUACUUGAAUUGUUGAGUUGAACUUCGCGUUAAAGGCUGUGUGGAUGGAGUUUUGAGGUAUGUGAUUUCUUUAAAUGGAAGGAUUGUUUCCUGGGUUUCAGGAGGAAUUCGUUGUGCUGCCGUUUGUAUUGUGGCUUUGAGGUUGUGCGUUGGUUCUGAACGUCGAAGGCUGUGGUAAGAAUGACCGAUACGGUUUUGUCCGCUUCAGACUGCAGUUCCUCUUUCAUAUACAUUUUCUCAGCUAGUUCAGAUCAGCGUCCGUGUGUGGUUUGCCGCGAAGAAAGCGAGGGAUUGUCUUUGAUGUGUGCCGUGCUCACUUGUGUUGUAAGUGAUUUAAGGUCGAUAGCUACCAGCCCUGAUGUCUCUCUUCAGGGACGGGAGGUUUUUGCAGUUUCUUUCUUCACUGUUGGUACGUUUUAAUUUCAGUGCUUGUAUUUAUGGCCUUUGGUUCUGGCCUUCUUGUUUAUCCAUGAACAAGCAGGAUAGAGUAUUGGUCUGAAACGUUGGAGGGGCUCUUCGCUGGGGGAUCCGUAGAUGCGAGUGGUUUUCAGGUUGGAGUUGAUUUUGCUGUCGUGCUGUUUGUUCCAUUGACGUGUGGCUGCGAC